CUCUUCGUUCAUUUCUAUCUGCUGGCGCUGCUCCCUCGUCGUCUGUCUGUCGCGAUGAGCACGAACCCUUUUUUGGUGGAGGGUAGCAGCGGGUCGCAAUCUCCUCCGGCGCAGUCGAACUACGCUGCCCCACCGGGACCGCCGCCGCCGCCCAGACGGAAUGGCGAGGGCAGCAGCGGCAGCCCGGGUGCAACCUCGCAGGGCUACCAUCCCACGACGGUGCCGACGCCAGGCCAGCCCCUUCUCAGAGACGGCAAAACGCUCGUCUAUCCUAAUGGCUGGAAGGGCUGUCCCAAGUGCCAGGACACGGGCUUCAAGCAUGGAGAUCCCUCGCAUCCGUGCAAGAAGUGCUGGUCCUCGUACUCGCAACCCUAUAACCCCAUUUUGGCCUCCUCGGUUGGUCUGGCGGGGGCCAAGGUGAUGCAAAAACCAUUGCCGCAGUGGAGCAGGCCGGGGACGGGCAAUAUUCUGGCCCCGUCAGGCGGCUACGCACCAGGUGGCGGGCCCAUGCCCAUGGGCAGACCGGGCGGGGGCAUGGCUGGUUACCCCGGCGCAGGGCCGAGCUUCAGACCGCCGCUGUCCCCGAUGCAGCCACAGCAAACCGGGUAUUCAGACUAUAUGGCACCACAAUCACCUCCCAUGGGGCCACCGGCCAAUUGGUCGAUGUAUGCGGCACCCAACCACGCCCCUCCGGCCCCACGUCUGCCUCGCAGACCGAGCCCGCCAGCAGUGGCGCGAGCGGAGGACGCGAGGGAGGACGCAAACGAUGACAGUGGCGAGGCGCCCCCCGCAUACGCAGAUGUCAUCAAGUCAGGUCCAGGCGGCGUCCUGCCACCUCAGCCGCAGGGAGGAGCUGCGGAGCACGCAGCUUCAUCCUUGACGUCUCAGCAGUCACCACCACGGCCGGAUCCCCACUCGCCACAGCAUCAUCAACAUCCUUACCAGUAUCCCCCGCAUCAUCCGAGCUCACCGCAACAGCAACACCCGUUCCAGUACCCCCAACAUCCACCGGGCGGCUAUCCAGGGGCCGGCGGGGGUGGCGGCUUCCCUCGCCCGCCCUUUGCCAUGCCCCACCAUGCCGGAAUGCCUCCACCAGGCGCCAUGGUGGUGCAUCCGGGCGACCCACGCAUCGGCGGCCGUCUCUGCUACAAAUGCGGCGGAGCGGGCGUCCGAGAUGCUCUCUUUCUGUUCCAGGAGACGUGUUAUCACUGCAACGGCCUCGGACGCAUUCUCUGAAGCCACCUUCCGUUCAAGAGGUUCUUCCGUGUCUGUAUGCUAGCCUUUCCUCUCUCUCUUUCUGUGUAAUCGAUUCUGUGCAUUGCC